GCGGGCUGGCCGGGAAUGUCCUCGCGAGCGCGGUGACCCCUCCGCCGCCGCCGGACUCUGACCUUGCACCGGGAAAGGCACCAUGGCUUCCAGGCUGCUGCUCCGCGUCCUCCAGCGCGCCCUGCCCGGCGGCGGGCGGGCCGCAGCCCCCGCCAGAGCCAUGAGCGCCGGGGGUAUUCCGAGUGAUGAGGAACAGGCAACUGGACUGGAACGGAAAACUCUAGAGGCUAUGAAAAAAGGACAGGAUCCAUAUAGCAUACUCAAACCCAAGGGAUAUGCAGGAACUAGAGAGGAUCCUCAUAUUGUUCCAUCCAUCAACAAGAAGAGGCUAGUAGGCUGUAUCUGUGAGGAGGACAACUCUGCUGUCAUUUGGUUCUGGCUGCAUGCAGGAGAAAGCCAACGUUGCCCAUCAUGUGGUGCUCACUACAAGCUUGUCCAUCAUGAUGUCCCACAUUGAAAAUCUAUGUUGUUUAACUGAACCAAAGUGGCUUUCACUGUGUCUAAACUGCACAAUAUGAUGUGCACUUAAAUCUGCAUGCAAAAUAUUGACUACCUUCAUAUUUGGUUUCUAUUGGAUUUCAUUAAAAACUCCAAUCUUGUUGUUUUA